UGCAACGUGACGUCGACGCUCAGCAAUAGACGAUCUGUGGCGUUACCCGGCUAACUAGCUCCGAGACGCCAUCGGUGCUUUGGCGUCACUUUGACGUGACGAGCACUCGGGCCUCUUUGAUGUCGACAAGUCAGUCUGGGUUCCAUUUUAGAGUCAAGGCAGUUGUCAAGGUGUCUGCUUUGAUUUGCAGUUCAGCUUUUCGCUGAUCGGAAGCCGAUGUGGGCUACGCAGGCGUUGCCUUGCGACGUGCUUGAGUGUUCGCGUUAGCGGCGGAAGGGAAGCGAAGGCGAGAGAAGGGGGCUAGCUUGUUACGACACGGCGAGCGGCCGCCAUGGCGGCAGCGGGCGGCGGCGGUAAAAGCUUCUCAUUUAAGGUGGUGCUGCUGGGCGAAGGCUGCGUGGGGAAGACGUCCAUGGUGCUGCGCUACUGCGAGAACAAAUUCAACGACAAGCACAUCACGACUCUUCAGGCGUCCUUCCUCACCAAGAAGCUCAACAUCACGGGCAAGCGGGUCAACCUCGCCAUCUGGGACACGGCGGGCCAGGAGCGUUUCCACGCGUUGGGUCCCAUCUACUAUCGAGACUCCAACGGAGCCGUCCUGGUCUAUGACAUCACCGAUGAAGACUCCUUCCAGAAGGUGAAGAACUGGGUGAAAGAACUGAGGAAGAUGUUGGGCAACGACAUCUGCUUAUGUAUCGUAGGGAACAAAAUCGACUUGGACAAAGACCGGAACGUUUCCACGGAAGAGGCGGAAAGUUACGCGGCAUCGGUGGGGGCCAAGCACUACCGGACGUCGGCCAAGCUCAACAGCGGCAUUGAGGAGCUCUUCUUGGACUUGUGUAAACGAAUGAUGGAGGCCGCUCAGGUCGAGGAGCGGUCCAAGGGAAACGGCGGCGGCCAAUCGGCGUCCGGUCGAAGAGGCGUACAGAUUGUCGAUGACGAGCCGCAGGCCCCGCCCACCGGGGGAUGCUGCUCGUCUGGCUAGCACGCACGCAGUCUCUGAUCCGUUAGUGUCGCGAAGAAUCAUGAGAAGAAUUUCGGAAGUAGCGGGAAACACGCCAGCCACCGUUUCAUGUCCAAUUGUGAGUCGACGUGAGGGUGGUCACUUCCCGACCGAUAAAAUGGCAGCGCGUGUUUGGUUGGGAAGCAGAAGUUGAAGCACAAAAUGGUGUCCAAUCGGCAGCAUUCCUCAUGAUUAACAGCCGCGCUUUUGCAUGCUUGACUGUAAUGGCAAAACUUGUGUUCAUUAAACGCUUCUUGAAAGAA